ACAUAUGUGUUUACCACUUUUAUUAAUGAACAAUGACACCUGGAGAAUGCACCCCUCCUGUUCCCAUCAGUCUGGUCACGCCCCAUAGAGUUGUUACCCUCAUAAAUCCUGUAUAGUAGCGAAUGUAAUCAAUGUAUUCCUUUCUCCUCAACGCUCGGCGGUAUUCAUAAUUGUUUCGGUAACAGGCGACAAACAUUUGACCCUUUCACUCCGUGGAUCUCUACAUUAUACACACAUUUACACGGUAUCAUCAUCGCAUAGUGGGUUUAAAUUGGAUAUAACUAUUAUAUGUGACGAUAAUGAGUCUGCAUUCAUCUUCCUACUAUAUACCCGGCUAUAUGAUUUAGUGGCGCCCACCAAAAAAUUGAUGUUCAGAUUUGUUACGGAUUAGGCGCCAUCUGCAUAGUUCCGAGUUUUAUUCAUUGGAUAAAAACUAAAGAUUUACUGAUAUUUUCAUCAUCUUAUCGGAAAGCAAGUCACCAUCUACACAAUUUUCAGUCUACAGAAUUGAAGGAUGGCGGUUCAGCCAAAUGCUAUGCCGAUGACGAUGCAACCGGGGAGUCACCUUCAAGCACCCCAGGUCCAGUGGAUGCCUGCCCCUGAUAGGGUGGGGCCGGAAUGCCCCCCUGGACUCGAAUAUCUCACCAAGAUAGACCAGAUACUCGUACAUCAACAGGUUGAAUUCUUCGAAGUUUUUACAAGCUGGGAGACGUGUAAUAGGUAUCAAGUAAAAAACAGCCUUGGUCAACAAAUCUACUUCGCAAUGGAAGAAUCCGAGACGUGUCAGCGGCAAUGUUGUGGAAACACAAGAGGUUUCGUUAUGCAUGUUCUUGAUAAUGCUAAUCAGGAGGUGAUGAGAGUAACGCGGGAGUUUAAAUGUUGCGCGGGAUGUUGCUGGUGCGCUAAUAUCGAUUGCUGUGGUAUGGAGAUCAUUGUUGAAGCACCGGUGGGCCAGGUCAUGGGCUAUGUCAGACAAGCGCAGAGUGGUUGGUACCCUAACUACAAUAUACUCGAUGCAUCACGGAAUUGUGUCCUAAAGGUUCGAGGCCCAUGUUGUAUCUGCCAAGGAGCAUGCUGUACAUGUGACCAAGAAUUCAAGGUAUGGGAUUCCAGUAUGACGAGUGAGGUUGGCAAAAUCAGUAAGCAAUGGAGUGGAUUCGUUAAAGAGCUGUAUACGAAGGCUGAUAAUUUUGGAGUUUCGUUUCCCAUGGAUCUUGACGUGAAGAUGAAAGCAGUCAUGCUUGGCGCUGUGUUCCUCAUCGAUUUCAUGUACUUUGAAGAAAACGACAACAACACCAACUAAUCCACUGCAAUACCUGGCAACCCAGUGGUGACGUCAUAUCCACUUUGGCACUAAACCAUGUAUUGCCUUCCGAACAUUGGCCCCUGAGUGCAAAUCAUGAAACCCAUCAUGAAAAAGAACCCAUACUUUAUUGUUUAAAUAGAAAACACCCGAAAAUUCGUUUUGCCCAAUUGAUCGUGGGCUCGGCACCAAUGUACAGUGCUAGAUCGACGUUGCUCUAUCUCUUAAAUCGUUGAACGCCAAACGGGGUAGCAGCAACUCCCAUCUUUAUAUGUCUUUUGCUCUGACGCAGCUGGGGUUUGAACUCCCGACCUCCCGAUUCUGAGGCUGUGACGCUCUAUCAGCUGAGCCAACACACCGGUUGACACGACAAUCGUACUUAUGGUUAGGAAUAAGACAUUUAAAGUCUACUCAUGCAAGAAAAUAUAGUUUGACAAUCUUCCCUUUGUAUUUUCGAUACUCCACUGGGCGUAUACAUGGUUGCUCUCAAUUCAGUUUUCUUAUUGACAAUUACCUUAAUUAUGCAUAUUUACACACGCAUGAUAACACGACUUUUGACAGUAUGUUAAUAGCGAGUCAUAUCAAGUUCACUACUGCAUGAAGGUAUUACUACCAUACAGUUAUAUGGUCACAUUAUAUAGGUCAGGGAACUCAAAACAAUAUUUAAUUGUUGUUUAACAAACAUGCUAUUGCGUAAUAUUUUUUUCCACCACCAUAUCUACCGGUCCAAUAAACCAAGAAGUUUUCCCUCGUGUACUUCGCUGAUCCCUACAUACAGUUAUCAUUGCCAAUUUAAAAAUAUACUAUGGUAAAGCGUCUUUUAAAAAUUUAAAUUUUCACUCUUUUUAAUGCUUAUCACAUAUCUGAAGAUUUGAAAUUUAUCUAUACACGUUCAUGUAAAGCUAGAUAUUCGAUUGAGUUAAUUGAUAAGUGAUUUGAACCUAUCACAAGACCGUCGUUGAAAUAUUAUAUAAAAGUACUAUAUUUGGAACUGUGUGUGAUGAAAAUCUCUUUGAAUUAGGACAUUUUAUUUUAAGAAGAGGUAGACCAAUGUUCUUAAAAUGAAAAAAAGAUGUCUUUACCACAUACACAAAAAUUACGAUCUGACGUUAAAUUUGUGGUCACUCGUAGACGCCCUAAAGUAGUUUCACAUUUUAUAUUUUAGAAUAAACCUAUUUGUAAAUUACUUAUCUGCAUACUAAUGAGUGUUAGAUUUAGCAACUAAAAAGAAAAGAAAUUAAUCGUAAAAGAUUGCUCGUUGUGGAUCUGGUCAAACAAAAUAUUGUAUUGAGUAAUUUUAACAAACAUAAGUUUGAUCUCUAAAAUGCAAUAGAUUGAGAUUGUAUAUCUAAAUUGAGAUUUUAUUUGGGCCUACAAUCUUUCGAGACUAAUGUUCAGUCUGAGAACGCUAGAAUAUCCCCAUGGUGAUGAUGGCGGUGGGGCAGGGGAGGGGUACAGCAUGAUAGACUGGAUAGUGGCAGAGCAAUUUAGUAGUCUGCAGACACAGACUCAUCUUUGACACUUCAACCAAUAACAUGUCUGAAGUGAAGACUAGACUCCCAAGUCUCUGUCUACAUGUGUCAAAUAGAGCCAGCCACAGUUCAUAGUGAAUCUAGUCUCUCUCAUUCAGACUGUAUUAUGCACUUUGCUAAUUGAGAAAAACAAGGAUCUGUGCCUGCAGACUAGCAAUUUAGAGUUUACUUUUUUAUGCUAUCAAUCCAAGAUGAAUGGCCUCCUCUGAUAUUUGUUUUAAACGUAAAAUCUGAUAUUAAUAUUUGUUUUUGUAUAUUUAUUCUUUUAAUAUAUAUGUAUGUACACUCUAAAAAAGCAUUGGUCAAAGUAACAAAUGUUUUGGUGAAUACAGCCAUGUCCGACCGACAAAAAUAGUCAAUAUCAAUAAAUAUUCUGGUAGAUUUUAUCCAAUAAAUUGGUUAAUUUUGACCAUUCUUGUCGGUCGGACACAAUAUUCACCAACACAUUAGAUAAUUUAACCAGUCCUUUAAGAGUAUAAUAUGAAUUUAUUUCUAACAAAAUAAUCUUGCAUGCGUAGAUUGUGAAUAAAUAAGUUUGCUUGUUAUCUGUUCGUCGGAUAUUGAUAAUUACGAAUCAUUUAUGAGGAAUGAAAUGAAAUUAAAUUAAAUCACUAGAAGAGUGAAAUCCUUUAUACUGGCAUAUUUCUUGGCUUCUGAUGGCUUACAAACUCUUCUCAUAGCACAAACUUUUAUGCAUGGGAAUUCAAUGUCUAAAGCUAAAUGAAGAAGACAUCAAAAUGACCCGGACCAUAGAUUUUGCAAAUCAUACUUAUCUUAUUAUUCGAUCGAGUUUACAAUAGUCAAAUAUACAGAGCUUCGAAUUAUCGAUAUAUUUCUUAUUUAUAGUUAUGAAAUAACCCUAGAUGAUUACGCCGUUUGAUAUUUUAAGCUCGUUAUCUAAGCCCGUCUCUUAAACAACUAUUGUUCAAAUUUUGAAACAAGUUGUUAAAAAUUAAAAAAAUAAGCGACUGUUAAAAAUCUUAAUCACCUUGAUGUUAGAUUCACGUGAUUAAAUAAUGUGCUAUUUUUUUAUUACUGUGUACGGAGAGUAAAUACAGGUAUCUUAAUGUGGAAUAAUUCAUGAAAUCAUACCUUCCUUCUGGGCCAAUGAAAGUCACUAAUAAAUGACGUUGUAUGUCAAUCUUUUAACGGGUUUCUGAUGUAGUGUAAAAUAAUAUUUUCACCAACUUUACGUGGAAGAAAUUAAAUUUUGUGAUUCUUGAUAAUCAUUGUAAGAUAAAUCUGUCAAUAAAAAAAUAUUGUACCAAUCACAACUGUCACGACUGUAAUCAAUAAAUACAAUCAUAUAUAUUUGUUAUUCCAAUAA